CAAAAGUGGGGUAGGCAAGCAGAGGCAACACAUGCAAGCAGCAGUCUGAGCUCCACGACUCCGGCUCUGUAGAUACCAAACUGCUUCAAGGUUGUUCGAGAUACAUCUAAUGGCUGGGCAAUUUUUGGAAACAAAAUCUGGAGACAACAAAGAGCUGUAAAUACUGAUACAGUGAUUCUGGGUAAAACGAUGCCUGCUAAAGCAAGCUGAGAUUGCCAGAUGACAUCGCACUGACGCUGAGCCAAGCUCCGAGAUGUUAACGUUGUGCCCACAGUAACACAGAGGCCCCACAGGUGCAGCAAAGCAUGGAGCUGGUGUCUGUGCAGUAUGAAUUUGAGUACAGAGCGAAGGAUGGUCGCCUUGUGUCCAUUAAGCCUAAUGAAAGUUACAUCUUGGUCUCCAAGACCAAUGAGCACUGGUGGCACGUCCGCAAAGACCAGCACAGCAGACCGUUUUAUAUCCCUGCGCAGUAUGUGAAGGAGCUCCUAUCACUUACUGAAAACCCUCCCGGUCCGAAUAGCUUGAAAUCCCCUGAGUGUGUGACCAACAGUAAGCCAGGGGACAUGGCUCACAUAACACCACGUAAAGCGUCAACUGUGAAUCGUGUAUCAGCUCUGGAUUCUUCAAGAGAGACACACCGCUUCUCCACUUUUGGUUUCUGUGAGAACAAACCAGAUGUGAAGCCCAGUGAGACUCUGGAUGAAGGACAAACUACCAGCAGCUUUGCAGACAGCCAGGAUAAAAUACAGACACACGCUUCAACAACAGCCUUUUCAUUUAGCUCUGCACCUCUGAACACUGACAACUUGCAACUGUACACAAAAGCUCAUCCUGUGCCAAAGGUCAAAAACGGACAUAAACAACCACUGGAGGACGAUGAAGUAAAACAACCACAGACGUUUCUAGACAAUGAGGAUAUGGAGUUUCCUUUACCCCCUGAUUCACCAAUAUAUGACACCAUACCGGAGCUAAAUAUCCCAGAAUUUGACACGUUUCCUGAGCCUCCUGGUCCUGUUGAUUCUAAGGAGACAUUGAUGUUUGAGCUGCCAAAUUCAAAUCAAACUGCAGGGACAACGUCCUCUACAGAUGAGCCUCCCAUUGAUCAGGUGGGGAAUGAAAGACUCCAUUCAGCCGUGUACGUCAAUGUAGCGCAACUUCGCCAAAGCAUCUCCGAGUCUCCCCCCUCGGCUCUUUCGUCCUACUCUCCUUCCUACCUUGACCCAGAGGGAUGGGAGACGCACAUUGAUCAAGAAAGUGGACAGGAGUACUACUACCACCCCACCACGGGGCGCACCACCUGGGACAACCCAUAUCUAGACUCCCCCACAGAACCUGAGCCGCCUUGUUCCCCCUCACCUCCUCAGUCACCCACCCUUUCUCCUUCCCUCGCCUCCCCCCCUGCGUGGAUCUCAGACUGGGAGCAGUUGGUGGAUGAGACCAGCGGUCGCCCAUACUUCUACAACCAGAUGUCUGGGGAGACGUCCUGGGAGCCUCCAGAGCAUCUGAGCCCGUACCCCCCUCUGAUGGAGCCGAUGAGUGUGCACAGGUUUCACGAGGACGGGCCGCCCACCCUCCCUAAAGAGUACACCCUCAGUCAUGUGAACCAGACCAUCAUCCCCCGGGCCAACCUGGACCGCAGCACCCAAAUGGGUUGGAACCUCAGUGUGGAGCCCAACGGGACUUGGGUGUUCACCAGUGAAAACUCUCCAGAGCAGUGGAUCAAGUCUGUGGAUGAGAGAGGGCAGACCUACUACUACCUGAGAGACGGCUCCAGGUCUCUGUGGACCCUGCCGGAGGUCCCUGUAGCUCUCUCUCAGUCCAGGAUGGAGAAUGGUGUUGAGGCAGACAAUCAGUCAGUCAUCAAAAACUGGAGACACACCAUGGGACCUGCACAGCUCAGCUCAGCCCAGGGUGAUGGGAGGUUUGUCCCAUCUCACAGGAGGAACACCUCCGACUACAGCAGCGACAGCUCCAGUACAGGAAACUCUCCAGAGACGCAACAUAACGCUAUUGGGUUUAGACCCUGGAGAAACCCCUAUUAUCUGACCUCGCGGUGGCUACGCUAUAAUGUGCAGAACUUAGAAAAAGCCGGAAUUCUUAACAAAACGAAAGUGUGUGAGAACGGCAAGAAAGUAAGGAAAAACUGGGCCCAGACAUGGACGGUUCUCCACGGAGGAGUGCUGACGUUCCACAAAGACCCAAAGUCGGCAGCAACAGGGGCCUCAAACAAGACCAAUCAGAUUGUACCGGAGGUCACGGUCGACCUGCGAGGAGCGUCGAUUGGCUGGGCCUCGAAAGACAAAUCCAGCAAGAAGAAUGUUUUAGAGUUAAAAGGCAAGAACGGUGUGGAGUUUCUGAUACAGUACGACACAGAAAGCAUCAUCACUGACUGGCACAAAGUCUUAGUGGACACCAUACGACAACUGGAGUACCAGGACCAUCCUUCAGAGGAUGAGGACGGGGACUUAUAUGAGAAGAUCGGCAGCAUAGAGAGAGAUGAGAAGUUUGGAGGCGGCAUUGACAAGCGAAGAUCCUCCAAGCCGAGUGUCACACACUUAACCAGCUCUGCAGGAGACACAGACCAGAAGAGGGUUCGAACCAAGCUGAUGAAGUUCCUCAUGAAACGCCCCACACUGCAGUCGGUGAAGGAGAAAGGCUACAUCCGAGACAAUGUGUUUGGUUGCCAUCUGGCCACACUGUGUGCACAAGAGAGGACCACAGUUCCUAGUUUUGUGGAGAAAUGUAUCAAAGCAGUGGAAAAGAGAGGUUUAGAAAUUGACGGCCUCUACAGAGUGAGCGGGAACCUGGCUGUCAUUCAGAAACUACGCUUCAAGGCAGAUCAUGAGGAACUGGACCUCGAGGACGGCCAGUGGGAGGACGUUCACGUCAUCACCGGGGCUCUGAAGUUGUUUUUUCGAGAGCUUCCUGAGCCGCUUUUCCCAUACAGCCACUUUAAUAACUUCAUCUCAGCCAUCAGAAUUCCUGAUUACAAUAAAAAAGUGUCUUACAUGAAUGAGCUGGUCAACUCACUUCCACCUUCAAAUCAUGAUACCAUGGAACUCCUAUUUGGGCAUUUACGCAGGGUCAUUAAAUAUGGGGACACCAAUCGCAUGACUGUGCAGAACGUGGCUAUUGUAUUCGGCCCGACUCUGCUUCGGCCAGAGAUGGAGUCAGCCAACAUCGCCAUGCACAUGGUCUUUCAGAACCAGAUCGUGGAGUUCAUCCUGAAUGAAUACGAGCGUAUUUUCCACUCAAGCUGAAGCCGUCACAAGCCUCCAGUGCAGACCUGGGCAAACGUCUAAAAAUGUGCUCAAGUUAUUUGAAGUGCUAGAUUUACCGUUUUUGCACGCACAUAAACAGCUUCAGUGCUACAUCUAAAACAUCUUGUAAAAUAAGAUAAAAGGUUCUUCAAGUUUUCUUUGCUCAAAACAUUUGAGGUUUAACAACGUAAAAAUAGAUAAAAGGCAUCUUCAAAUGGCCUUUGCACAGAAUAUUUCAAACAUGUUUAACCAAUGUCCAGAUUUCCUCCGCAAGAGGCCGGCACUGUUAGAGCUUUAUUUGGCAGUAUUGUAGGAUUGGAAAGGAAGCCACGCAGGUGUGAACAGGUGUGGUUUGGUUUCCCCUCUCUGAGCUAUUGAGCUUGAUGCUUGGCUGGAAGAAAGACUGUAUCAGAUUACUCUGGCUCCUUGUGUUAAUCUCACAAACCAGAUUUUAUCUGUUUUGUUUUUAUUUCUGGCUUGUAGAAAUGGCAGUGAUAAUAGAACCCAAGUCAACCUGGACACAUGCAUUAAUGCUCUCUUAAAGAAAUGAUCAGUGAUUGCUUCCAUCUUUAUUUUAGAAAGUUUAUUGACAUUUAAAUAUUGUUUUUAAUUUGAAACGACAGUAUAUCGCAUAUGGCAAUAUCUGAGAUUGUAUUCUAAUAUUGUUUCAUUUUUACCUAUGAAUUUUAAUGUAAUAUAGAAAUGUAUAAAAAAGAAAGAUUAAUACCAACAUAUUGCUGUGAAAUAGAUGGUGACAUAGAAUCAACCUUUAGAUUAUAUUCCACAAUAAAAUGCCAAUUUUCAAUCAUGCUGUACUUGAAAAAACUGUAACACCACAGAAAUAUAAACUAGUGACAGUAAAAUCAGUCGGACCAUGAAAAAGAAAAGUGGAUUCUAGAAGAGAUGUAAAUAGAAAUAGAAGGCAUAUUUAUGCUGAAAGUUGUUGAAAAUGCACAAGUUAUUGCCUAAUAAAAAAUAACGUUGUAAAAAAGCA